AUGGACACCGCACUGGCCGCCGCAAGCGCCUUCACAGGGUCCCGGGCGUGGGGUAUGCCCGAGGCCAGCGGUAAGCUGUACAGGGUGUCUGCCGUCCACUCCGCCUCGGCAAAGCGGCUCGACAAGUACAUCGCGCAGGCCGCCAGCAGGUCCUGUCGUCCGGCGGCCUGCACCAUGCGAAGGUCGUCUGCCGAAAAUCGCUCUUGCGCCGCAUUGAGGCGUGCGGUGAGUUCCGCGAUGACAAUCCCCUCAAGCUUGGUGCCCUUUGCCAGGCUCAUGGCAUCCACGAGCUGUCGGCCGGAGAUUUCCUUGUAG